AUGUUCAAGCUGUUCGUAUUUGCCUGCUUCAUGGCUCUCGCCGCCGCCAAGCCAUCAGUAGUGCCACUAGCGUACACCGCUCCAGUGGCCGCAGCGUACACAGCGCCAGUAGCAGCAGCCUACACAGCGCCCGUGGCUUACAGCGCGUACUCUGCUUACUCCGCUCCCGUCGCCGCUUACUCCGCACCUUACGCAGCUUACUCUGCCUACCCAUACGCUUCUCCCUACUCCUACUACCUUCGUCGUUGA